CAUUGUAAACCACGAGCCCCAGACUCCAGAAACUGGUGCUGAGAAUGUGCCCCGAGACGAAAUUAAACCACACUCGCGGUUGAUGUGGGGGUACUGGUGAGGUCAGCCUCGAGAUGCCCUUGAACAGAGAGACAGCUAAAGCCCAUUUUCUGGGUCAAAGGGAAGAUGUUUUUCAGAGAAAACCUACAGAGCAGUGGAUGGGAAAGGGGCUACCUUUCCAUGAAGUCCACCAGAGUCUCAGAAGAAUUUGGAAGAAAGAAGGAUCAUUCCCAGAAAUGUGGCCCAGAGAGAUCAGAACAAAAGGAACCAAUUUUCUAAAAAGAGACUGGAUCUUAUUUUCUUUGUUAUACACUCACAGUGCUCCUAACUGCUCUGUGGGGAAUUUGCAGGGAGUGCCAGGCCCCCCAGCACCCCAAAGGCUCCCAAGGCUCCGGAAGAAGCGCACAGUGUACCUCAAGGAGCAGCUUCAGGAGCUGAGGAAAUAUUUCACGAUGAACCGUUACCCGAGCUACGAGGAACGCCUCACCCUGGCGGCCAGGCUCGACCUGGAGGAACAUCAAGUGCAGGUAUGGUUCAAGAACCGCAGGGCCAACCACUCCAGGCUGCAGGGACUGCCCAAAGGGCGAGGUCAGGGAGCCCCUGCUGUGCCCCGGGGCCGUGGAGACCCCGCAUCUGUCCCUGCCCCUGUCCCCGCCCAGGCUCCGGUUCCGGUCCCUGCUCACCCCGCAUUCCCAGGGAUCCCAGGCAUCUCCAGCGUGGCUCAGCACAGCCCCACGCUGGUCCCUGCCCAGCAGGACCCAGAGCAGGGCUCCCGGGAGCAUGUCCCUGCCGCCCAGGCCCCUGUCCCAGCCCCGGACCCGGCCAGGCCUCAGGGCUCCCCUGCCUCGGACUUCUCUCCAGACCCCGUGCUGGCCCCCAAUUUCACAGGGCUCCUUUUGCCCCAAGACCCCUUGGAGGAAUCCUCUUUCCCCUUGAUGUCCGGUUCCCAAGAGGGAGAGGACCCUGCGGAUGACAGUGGUUCAGAAGCUGUUACUGGAUUUAUAGGGGAAUCUGUCCCCACAGAGUCCUGUAGUUCCCACGGGGCCAGAGGGGACGAGGGUGUCCUCCGUCUUCGUGCGUGGCCUCCAUGUGGGUGGGGACAGAGGUGGCGGGUUGGGCUGCACUCCGGAUUACUCCUCUGUGGAGGGAACACAGCCCCGUUCAUCCCACCUGCUGAGGUGGCAUCUCGUGUUCACUGUGGUCACCACACAUCAUGCUGCUGUGAGUGUCCCCACUGAUACUUAGGGCGCCCGUGGGCAUUUCUGCAGGAUCCCAGGUGUCCCAUAGAACCUCUGCUUCCCUUCCUCUGUUUGUUUCGUGGAUGCUCUGAGAGCUUUCUAAAGGCCUCAAGCAACCUCACUGGGAACUUAAUCAAAAAUUGCGUGAAAUCUAUAGAUGGUCUGGGGAUGAAUUGACAUCUUUACCAUACGGAGCGCUCCAAUCUAAGGAUAUUACUUAUUCAUUCAUUUGGUUGUUUACAAAGACUCUCCACCAAAUGUUCUUUUUUUUUUAAGAUUUUAUUUAUUUAUUUGACAGAGAGAGACACAGCGAGAGAGGGAACACAAGCAGGGGGAGUGGGAGAGGGGGAAGCAGGCUUCCCGCUAAGCAGGGAGCCCGACGCGGGGCUCGAUCCCAGGACCCUGGGAUCAUGACCUGAGCCGAAGGCAGACGCUUAACGACUGAGCCACCCAGGCGCCCCCAAAUGUUCUUCUUUAAGCACAGAGGUGAUAUAGACAUCUUUCUGGAGGUUUAGUUGUAGUAUUUUUUUUUUAAGAUUUUAUUUAUUUAUUUGUCAGAGAGAGAGAGCCCACAAACAGGGGAAGGGGCAGGCAGAGGGAGAAGCAGGCUUCCCGCUGAGCAGUGAGCCGGACAGGGGGCUCGAUCCCAGGACCCCGGGAUCAUGACCCGAGCCGAAGGCAGACGCCCAACCGACUGAGCCACCCAGGCGCCCCUUUAGUUGUAGUAUUUUAUCUCUUGUGCCUGACUUUUUAGAUGAUAAGUGAAAAUUUUAUUUUUCCAAUCUGUUUGUCCUGUAUGUAGGAUUCAGCUGAUAUAUUUACUUUGUAUCCAGGAACCUGGUUUAAUGCUUUUAAUUCUAAUGACUUAACCUGGACCUUGUUUGGGGGAUUGAUAACUUUGUAAUAAAGUUCAUGGUCCUCUUGUAAACACUUUCUCCUGAAGAGUCAGCUAGAGUUAUGCCUUUCUUUGACAUUCUCAACCACCCCUCCAGGAGAACCCCUCACCCCUUCUCUCGGCCCCUUUGUCUCCCCCUCCCCAACUUCUACCCCCUGUGGCCCUCCUGUCUCCUGGGUCUCCCCACAGCUGUUUCUCUGACCCUGUCCUGGUCCCAUUUGGCAAAUGCUCCAAUCCUCUUAAGCCAGGCCAGCCUCAGCAGAGCAGAGAGAGAAUUAGAUCAGAUUUGGGGGAGGGACACUCAUGUGAUCCGCUCUCCAGGCGGGUGUGUGUGUGUGUGUGGGUGGUAUGGGGAUGUGGAGACACUGCCAGGAUGUACUGAAAGCCCCUCCUUAUCUGACAGACCCUGGUAAGGAUGUACACACAAACCACCGAAACCCCACCCCAGUUGUCCCUGGGAGAAAUCUAAUUUUGCAUCUAUCCCAGGAGACGGAGCUGAGACAGGGAGAAUCCCUGAGGGCUUUUGGGGGGUGGAGGGGUAGGGGGUUAGAUGAGAUUCAGACUCACACCCUGGGCAGGGGGAGGGAGGCUGGUGACCCUGGGAACCCCCAGGCACCCAGCGGCCCCCACUGAAUGGCAAAUGGAUGGAUUUUGUAACAUUGGAGACAGUUUGCUUUUGCCCUGACUGGCUGCGCAGGAAGUGAGUGCAUUAAGUAGCACAGAUCCCUCCCUUCCCACCUUUCCAAUUACAUUUCACCUUUUACCUAAGCAGCCCCAGCCCCCCUGCCCCCCCCCCCACUGAAUCCAAGAACUUUUGUUAUCCCCCAGGAAACUUUCCUGGGCUGUGUCCGGACCAUCCCCAAGGGAAGCAUCUGGGCCUUCCACUCAGCUCAGGAAGGAGGCGGGGUGGGGGGAGUGGAUGGUAACUUCUCAAAAAGGCAGGUCUUGGGACUUCCCUAUAUCUAUUCCUCAAGGUAGCCCCAGAGCGAGAAUUUCUCUGUUUUCCAACUUGUAGCUAAAUAAAUAAAUAAAUAAAAAUUUAAAAAUGAUGGCACCGUGGAUCGUCCAAUCACGUGGCCAGCCGACACUGUUGAUCUGGUGGGACCCAUGGUGAUCCCUAUGAUCCAGAGUGCUCCCUCUUUGGUGG